GAAGCGCUGUUAGGCAUUUAAACCGUGUUGCGUCAUCACUCACGAAAUUCAAAUUUUGAGAGAAAGACUCGAGACACGUAGGUAAGCCUGCCGUGUUUCCACGUUGUCUACAAGAGGUCUGUUGAAACGUGGAUAAGAUGGCACAGUUUGGGUUUGAGAACGACAUCCACAAUAUUUUGAAGCUGGACAUGCCAAUCACAAACGCUCCUAUGGCAAGGUGGCAAAGAAAGGCUAGCUCAUCCAACACAUCCGCCCUGAGCGGUUUGUCGCCUGGAAAAUCAACUAAUGUUUCGCUGAAUUCAUUAAAAACGCCAAAUAAAACACCAGGCAAAAAUAAGAAAACGCCAUUGAAGAUGGGUGGCGAUCGCUUUAUUCCUACUAGAAACAGCAAACAAAUGGAUGUGGCUAAUUUUCUGCUUGCAAAGGAGAAUGAACCAGUUGACUUAAACACACCAGGGCAAUCGGAAAGCCAAAAAGCUUGGUCAGUAUCACUAAAUGGAUAUAACAUUGAAGACGCAAAGAUUCUCCACCUUGGAGGGAAGCCACUGAAUGCUCCAGAAGGUUAUCAAAACAACUUGAAAGUCCUCUACAGUCAGGGUACAACCCCUGCCUCUCUGAAAAAGACCAGAUACAUUUCUUCCACUCCUGACAGAAUCUUGGACGCCCCUGAUCUUCGAAAUGAUUUCUAUUUAAAUCUGCUUGACUGGAGCAGCCGAAAUGUUCUUGCUGUGGCACUUCACAACAGUGUGUACCUGUGGGAUGCCACUCAAGGAGAUAUCAUUCUCCUCAUGAAGAUGGAGCGUGAGGAGGACUUUAUCUGCUCACUGUCCUGGACAAAGGAUGGAAGCUAUCUGGCUGUUGGUACCAGUGACUACAAAGUUCAGUUGUGGGAUGUGGAAAAUCAGAAGCGCUUGCGCAGCAUGGCUAGCCACACAACUAGAAUUGGUAGUCUGAGUUGGAAUGACCAUAUUCUUUCCAGUGGCUCCAGAUCAGGACACAUCCAUCACCAUGAUGUGAGGGUAGCAGACCAUCACAUCUCUACACUUACUGCUCACUCACAAGAAGUGUGUGGCCUUAAGUGGUCCCCUGAUGGGAGAUACCUGGCUAGCGGAGGGAACGACAACAUGGUGUGUUUAUGGCCUCGUGUACAGGAAGGUAGUGCCAGCAAUGACAGCCAGUUGGUCCGCUGCUGGAGCGAACAUCAGGGAGCGGUCAAGGCUUUAGCCUGGUGUCCGUGGCAGUCAAAUAUCCUUGCGUCUGGAGGAGGCACCAGUGAUCGCCACAUCCGCAUCUGGAAUGUAAACAGUGGCGCUUGCAUCAGUUCACUUGACACUCAGUCACAGAUUUCAUCACUAGUAUUUGCACCCAACUAUAAGGAGCUGGUGUCUGCCCAUGGAUAUGCCCACAACAAUGUUGUCAUCUGGAAGUACCCCUCUCUGACCAAAGUUGCAGAGCUUAAUGGACACGAGGACAGAGUUCUCAGUUUGAUCCUGAGCCCAGACAACUCUACUGUUGCGACCGUUGCCGGAGAUGAAACCAUUCGUCUGUGGAAGAGCUUUGAAAUGGAUCCUGUUAAGAAGGCUAAAGAGAGGAUGGUCAAAUCAACUAGCAGUGUAAUUCAUCAGUCUAUCAGAUAAUUUGCAUUGUUUUACACCUUGUUUUUCUUUUUUUUUUUUUUUAAGUUUCAUGCUGACUAAAGUCUGCAGAUACAAUCAAUCCACAAUAAAGGUUACCACCCAGUUA